AUGUAUUUAAUAGAAAGAAUUCCUAAAAACAUAGCUCAACAAAUUGCAUUAACAAAUCCAGUACCAAAUAAUGAAGAAGAUUUCUUCAGAAGAGCUGAUACUCUAUUUAGAGCAACAAGAGUAACAAUGGAUAUAAUGGAAAAAUCCAAAAGUGAAAAAACAAAUCACUAUUCCCAAAGAACCCAAAAAAUAAAUAACGUACAAACAGAACAACCUCAAAAAGGAAAAUGCUACUCAUGUGGACAAAUAGGACACUUUGCAAAAGAAUGCCCAAAACAGAAAGGAAAAGAAGCAUAUAACAGAGUACAAUCAACCUACAAAAACUAUAACGGAAGACAAAAGAAAACCUUUGUCAAAAAAUAUUGUUCAUACUGCGGAAAAGAUAAUAGAUAUUAUACCAAAACAUGUCCAAAUAAUAAUGCCAAUUAUUAUAAAGGAAAAAGAGCAAAAGGACCGACACCUAUAGAAGAGAAAAACCUUGAUACAAUAGUAAUAAUAGAAACAAUGGUGGAAGAAGACCACAAAACAAUACAAAAAAAUCUUUCACAAAAAGAAGAGUUAACAACUACAAGGAAGAAAAACAAACAAAAAAAGUAUACAACUCUGAAAGAAAAGAAAGAAACUCAUACAAAAGAAAUGACAAAAGAAGAGUGA